AUGGAGGCGGCCCCAGCCCCGAGCCUCCCCCCCUCCGGCCCGCGGGGGGUCCUGCAGCAGAACCGGCAGUUCCUGGACUUUUUCUGGGACAUCGCCAAGCCCCAGCAGGAGGUUCGCCUGGCUGCCACCGAGAGCCUGCUCCGGUACCUGCGGGCCAGCGAGCAGGAAGAUGAGCUGAAAUAUACUCUAAAACGAUUGAUAGAAGGACUGGGAGCAACUCGAGAGGCAGCCCGUCCAGGUUUCAGUCUGGCACUAGCUCAGGUUUUGCAAUUUUUUGAAGAAAUUCCACUGCAUGCUGUCCUGCAGCAGAUAAAAGAAAAACACAGUCUUGAGAGAGUAAAAAAGAAACUCUUUAGAAAUGCUGCCUUCGGAAACUUUUUUGGGGUACUGUCUCUGUUCCAGUCUGGUCGUCUUGCAAAGGACAAAAAGGCCCUCCUGGAGUGUGUCCAGCUUCUGCAGAGCUUGGCACAGUACCAUGCCCACCUCAGAGAUCUCCCCAGGAAAACGCUUGUUGACAUCCUCUCGGAGAUUCCUGAAGCUGUGUUUGAGGAAGUCCUGUUCAGCGCCUUACAGGCUGACCUCACUUCGGCCUUCAGCACCCCGGAGCAGCUGCACCUCCUGCUCGUGGGCAUACAGAAAUUCCCUGGGGUUCUGAAACCCAGUAAGCUGAAGAUACUGCUAGGCUCAUCUGCCAUCGUAACCAUGGAGAACAUUCCCAGGCUUGUGAAGGUUUUGAAAACUGCUGCCAGAUCUGAGAAGAAGGAUAGGAAUCUUCCACGUGUCGGGCUGGACUUGCUACGAGUGUCUGUGAAGGAAGGCGCUUUUGAACUCUUCUGGAAAGAAGCUGUGGAGAAUGGGCUGCUUAAGGAAAAGUCGGGUCCUAACAGUUACAUGUGCUACCGGUUGCUGGGCAGUGCUCUCCCACUCUUGUCUCUGGACCAGCUACAGAUUGUUCUCCGAGGGGAUGUGAUGCGGCACUAUGGGGAUCAUGUGGUAUCGGCUCAGCUUCCGGACCGGUUUAAGUUCGCUCCGGAGAUGGAAACCUAUGUUAACUCAUUUCUAGAGGGCUGUGAUGAUCCAGAGAAGCAGCUGGCGGUGAUGAUUGGCUUCUCCACUCUAACCAAUCAAGGCUAUCCGGUUGUGCCCAGCUUCUGGAAGGUGGUGAAACACUUACAGCCUGCAGCGUUGCUGAAAUACGUCGACUGGCUCAAGAGGAUGUUCCUUAGGCCAGAUUUUGACUGCUGCUUAGAUUUCACCACCAGCCGGCAAAAGCAGAACCAGGAGAAAGUCAAUAUGACCCAACACCGAGUGGUUCGGCUGAGAAAAUGGAUUAUUGCCCGACUAGUCAGCAUCAUUGACAGUCAAGGGAAGAAGGAAGAGGAUUUGGUGAUAGAUGUUGUCAGGUUUUGCUUCUUCCAUGCUUUCUUCGAGACCCAGAAACCAACCUCUGAAAUAGCAGAGACGAAAUCCCUCCCCUCAGUACCUCUGGAUGGACAGUCUCACUCGACGGCUGAAAACUUGUUUUUCAGUUUGCUUCAGAUUUUAAACUCUCUACCCGUGCUGGGAGACACGGCGGAAGCUGCAGCCCUGAGGGAGAAGCACAUCCACGGGGUGACUGCAGACAGGAACCUGUGGAUCUACCUCAUUAUCCAGUACGCCAGCGUCCUCCUGUCCCAUGAGAAGCACGUCAAGGCUGUGACUCCUUUCACCGCCGAACAGAGGGCUGCUUGGGACCGAAUGCUGCAGUCUCUGGAGAACCUGCAGAAGAAAGAGAAGGAGUCCCGCAGUAUGGAAAUCUUUGCUUUCCAGCACCUUCUGCUCUUAGUGGGCAUUCAUCUGUUCAAGACUCCGGCAGAAACCCAGGACCUUCUGAAUGACCUUCUGAACUGCAUUGAGAGGGCGUUUGACAAGAAAUCCAAGAAGAAGCAGCAGCCUGAUGACGAAGAGCCAGAAUGGGUAGAGGUGAUUGUGGAAAUUCUUCUAUCCCUCCUCUCCCAGCCCAGCCUACUCAUGCGCCGGGUCUCCAAAAGUGUGUUUGGACGCAUAUGUCCUUACAUGUCAAAGAAAGCCCUGCACCUGAUCCUGAAUGUUCUUGAUCCAGAGCAAGAUCAGGAUGAGGAAAAUGCUGUUGUUGUGAUGGAAGAAACCGACAAAAAGAAGAAAACCUCGCUGGAGGAUACGAACGAGGAGGAAAGUGCAGACUCUUCUGAUGAUGACAGCUCCGAGGAAGAUGGAGAGGAAGACAGUGAAGAUGAGAAUAAUAAUGAAGGCGUAGAUGAAAAUUUUCGGAAUCAGCUGAUGAAUGUCCUGCAGGCGGGGAAUGCAUUGGGAGGAGACAAGAGCGAUGAGGAUGUGGAUGAUGAGACCAUGCUGGCCCUUGAUGAGAAUGUUUCGGCCCUCUUUGCUGAACAGCAGAAGCGGAUCCAGGCAAAGAAGGAUGAGAAAGAAAAGAUGCGGAAGGAGAAAAUCUUACGGAGGGAUUUUAAGAUUAAGGUACUGGACCUCAUUGAGGUGUUCCUUGCUAAGCAGCCAGAGAACCCCCUUGUGUUUGAUAUUAUCGAGCCCCUCCUUCUGGUGAUUGAGCGGAGCAUGAGUUCAGACUCUGACAAGCAGGAGCAAGACUUCCUCCAGAAAACAGCUGAUAUCUUCACGAAUCACUUAUGUAGAGCCAAGCAGUACUGCAGGAGCGUGGGCGACCUGCGGGAGGAUUUGCAUGCCUUGCUGGAGAGCCUGGUGAAGAGAGCCAGCAAGCACACGGACUCCGCGCUGGCACUCUACUAUUUCAGCGCCUCUUUGUACCUGUUCAAAGUGCUGAAAGGAAAUGUGGCCAGAGAGACGGCGACUCCGCUUUCUCCCUCGAAAAAGAAACGGAAAAACAGCGAAGGGAGCAGUGCACAGACUGACCAGCUUUCUGGCACAGGCAUUCUGGACCUGAAGAGAGUGACCAUGGUGUAUCAGGAGGCAUUGAGUGGAUUCCUGACCAGGCGAAAGAGUGCCCUCACGGGAUCUAUGUUUCUUGAUCUCUUCAACCGCUUCCCGGUCAUGUGUAAGCCGUUAAUAGACACCCUCGUCAAGUCUAUCACAGCGGGAGCAAGGCAGCAUCAGCAGGCGCAGGCGUGUAUGCUUCUCCAGAGGGCCCUGCAGACUCGGGAUUUGAAGCUCUCCAUGACGACGGAGGAGGAGUGGGAGGAGCUGAUCAGAGAGAGUACCAAUCAGAUCACAGAGAGUUUGAAGGCGGUGAGCGAGUUCAAGGUGAAAGUUGACCAGGAGAAGGUCAUUAAGUGUUUGGAGCUGUUGAACUUCCUCAUCAAAACUGUGAACCAGCAGAAGCUGAAUGUGGAGUUGGCGGAGCUGAGUCAGACGCUGCAAGCUCUGAGCCAGCAGGAGGGGUUUGGGAAAUCCGUGCGCCUCGACAGUCUCUACUGGAACGUCAUGAAGCUGCUGGGAUUUGCGCGUCCCAAAAAGGAGAAGGCAGUGGCCCGGCCUGAGCACGCCCCUGGAGCAGAGCCGCUCAAGCGGAAGAAGAAAGGCUUCCUGCCAGCUACCAAGAAACGCAAGAACCGCAAAAAGGCUCCCCAGGAAAACGGGGCGGAGAGCGGCAGAGAGGCAGGCCCGGAGAACGGGGCGGAGAGCGGCAGAGAGGCAGGCCCAGAGGGGGGGCAGGCCGCAGCACGGAAGAAGAACAGAAAGAGGAAGGGAGGAGCGGGAAAGGCAGGUGCAGAGGGCCCUUCGCCAAAGAAGGUCAAGGGGAGCCAUGGCCAAGAGACUCAGGGGAAGCAGGGUAAAGCCAAGAAGAAGAAGAAGAAAGCAAACAAAACACCAGCUCAAAAGGCGUGAACUCUGUGGACUUACUCAGACCUGGUUGGGAUGUUUUAAUAGCUUAUAUAUAUAUUUUUGCACCGUCCCAUAGUUUUAAUAAACCAUCUGUGGUGC